AUGCCUACCUAUCAGCUCCUUAUCAUCUCUGUUCCCUUUUCCAACGUGCCCGUUAAGAUGUUUAUGUUUGUUUCUGCAGCUGCAGCAAUCGAGACUGAACCUGAGCAGAAUCAGAAACUUCCAGGUGAAACUACUGAACUGGCUGCGGAGGAGGUGAUUGAGGCAGCUGAGGAUAAGGUGGAAGCACUUAAAUUAGAUGCAGAUGCUGAAGGUCAGAAUAACGACUGUCCAUUUGGAUGGAUUAAAUAUGGAUCACGCUGCUUUCGUCUCAUGAGGUCAAGUCAGGCCUGGGUCAAUGCUGAUGCUCAGUGUGUAGUUCAACAGGCAAGACUGGCAUCUGUACAGAACGUUGAAGAAAACAACUUCCUGCAGGGUUUGCUUGACAUGGCUGAUGUAUAUGGCGCUUGGACUGGAGGUUACCACUUUCAGGGUGUAUGGUUUUGGGUUGACGCAGCCCGGUUCCAAUACACUAAUUGGUUCAUGCUCAUCAAUCAGGAAAACCUUCCAUGUGUUCUCAUGAGGAGAAAUGGUGGAUGGUACACCGCUAAGUGUUCAACUGAUUAUCCAUUUAUCUGUUCUAUUGACCUACCUGCAUGUUAAAGGACAUAAAUGAACAAUUGUA